UCUUUAAUCCUCGCCAUAGGCCGCAAAGCCCCCCCAUUCCUUCCUCCCUCCCCCACCCUACCUCCACACGCACCGCCGCGUCCGUCCCCCCACGCCGUCGCUUCCCGGCCGGUCGGCUCCGAUGGGGUACGUGCUGUCGGCGGUGGCGAGGGUGCUGGAGCAGCCCACGGCGUGGGGGGCGGCCUGGGAGAUGGCGCUCCUCGCAGGGCCCCUCUGGGCGGCGGCCCUCCUCGGCCUCCUGCUCGGCUGGGCCUGGCGCCCGCGCUGGGCAGCCGGCCUCGUCGUCGCCACCGCCGACGGCGGCAGCGCCGCUGCUGCUGCGCAGGCGCUGGCGCAACCGCCCUUCGCCACGCUCGACUUCUGGAAGGCCCAGCUCCCCGCCCGUCUCCGCGCCCCGCUUGGCUACGCCGGCGCCGCCGUGCAGCAGAGGGAGGAGGACGAGGACGCCGUGCAAGGGUCGUCGGAGGGGGCGAACGAGGAGCUGGCGGUGGGAAAGGAUGACCUGGUGAACCUCUGGAGGCUGGUGGAGGGCAGGGACGGCGGCCCGGCCUGGAUCAAGAUGAUGGAGAAAUCGCUGCCCACCAUGACCUACCAGGCGUGGAGGAGGGAUACGCAGACCGGGCCUCCACAGUACCAGAGUAGCAGUAUCUUUGAGAACGCUACACCGGAGGAAGUGAGGGACUUCUUCGGGGACGACGAGUUCCGUAUGUCCAACAAGUGGGAUGAUAUGCUUAUUUAUCAUAAGACACUAGAGGAGUGCCAGACCACUGGGACGAUGAAAGUACAUUGGGUCCGGAAGUUCCCCUUCUUCUGCAGUGACAGAGAGUACAUAAUUGCUCGCCGGAUAUGGAAACUGGGGGGCGCCUAUUAUUGUGUCACAAAGGGUAUACCAUGCUCAUCCGUUCCACGGCGUAAUAAACCUCGAAGAGUUGAUUUGUAUUAUUCAAGCUGGUGCAUCCGUGCAGUGGAAUCCAAGAGAGGGAACGGAGGGUUGACAGCCUGUGAGGUUCUCUUGUUUCACCAUGAGGACAUGGGUAUCCCAUAUGAGAUUGCAAAGCUUGGGAUUCGGCAAGGAAUGUGGGGAUGUGUAAAGAAAAUUGAGCCUGGACUCCGGGCCUAUCAGGAAGCCAGGGCUGCAGGGGAGCCAGCGUCACGGAGUGCCUUGAUGGCCCGAAUCAAUACUAAGGUCGGUGACAAUUUUGUUCGGUCACUGGAAUCCAACAGCGACGAAUCAGAAAUCGUGGAAGCAGAAGAGAAGCCUGCGAGGAACCACGUGGCAAGGUUCCUUGUACUCGGAGGGGCAGUUGCUCUGGCCUGUACUCUUGAUCAAGGGCUCCUAACCAAGGCUCUCAUCUUUGGCGUCGCACGGAAAUUCGUUGGGCAGAGGAAGACAUUGUAGCAUCUCUGAUCUUUCCCAGCGUCCUCCACGUGGCCCAUGUGCUGAUUAGACUCGCCCUGAUUCGCUGACCUGGAGCGGAGGAAAGAGGUGAUUCAGUGGCUGGUUUAUUGGCGCUAAUUCCAUUGUGACUGGAAGAGAGCAGAUGAAGAGCAUUUUGGUGUACAUAUAUUCUGUGCCGGCUGUCGGAUAAUGAGGAAGAGGGAAUAGGGUAAACGAUGUACUUCCCAUUUGGAAAAGGAAUUCCUUACUAUAUAUAUAAAUUUGUUUCAUGUAAUCUUGUAUCUCAGAACCAGACCAGAUCAGAUGAUUAUGCAGAUGAGAAGAACAAGUGUUUUUCUGUGUAGCGUAGCUGUUCUUGGUAAGGGUGAGAAAAAAUGGGUGGCACUGAUCAGACAGUUUGAAUCCAUAUGCUAGUGCUCGAAUUUUCCUGGAAACUUAUACUGAUAUGAGGGUAUUGAAUGUAGAACUGCAGGGCGACAAUAGUUUGAAUAUA